CCUUCUCCGAUCACCAAGCAGUGAUCUCUCAAGCUGAUUUAUCACACACUCGAGCGCGGAAAAAACGCUCGUAUACACGGUUGCAGAGAUGGCCGCUAAGCUCGCCGUUCUCGGCACCUUAGUAGUGCUCGCGCUGCUCGGUCCUGUGUCGUCCCAACAAGCCGGCUACGGCUAUGGUGGCGGCAGUCCUACACCUACGCCGCCACCUGCUUAUCCUCCGACGACGAGCCCGAGCCCGACCCCGAGUCCACCACCUGCUUAUCCUCCGACGAGCUCGACUCCGAGUCCGCCUACUUAUUCAUCUCCAAGUCCAGCCCCGCCGCCACCUGCUGCAUAUCCUCCGACGACAAGCCCGACGCCGAGCCCGCCUACUACCUAUCCUCCUCCGACACCUGCUAGCCCACCACCACCAUCACCUGCCUCUGGGCCUGCACUGAGUGUCGGAUACUACAACGACAAGUGCCCCGGCGCGGAAGCCCUCGUGCGGGAGGCCGUGCGCGCCGCCGACGCCGGCAUCAAAGCAGGGCUUGUCCGUUUGUUCUUCCACGACUGCUUCGUCCAGGGCUGCGACGCCUCCGUUCUGCUCAAGCCCGACAACGACACCAACCCGCAGCCGGAGAUACUCGGCAUCCCCAACCUGAGCCUGCGCGGCUUGGACGUCAUCGACGCGGCGAAGAAGGCGCUGGAGGAGAAAUGCCCGGGCGUCGUUUCCUGCGCCGACAUCGUCGCCUUCGCCGGCCGCGACGCCAGCUUCUUCCUCAGCGGCGGCGCCAUCAACUUCACCAUGCCCGCGGGCCGCUACGACGGGAAGGUGUCGAACGCCAGCGAUACCCUCCCUAACCUCCCCCCGCCGUUCGCCGACGUCGCGCAGCUUAAGGCCAUGUUCGCCGCCAAGGGGCUCGACACCAUCGACAUGGUCGCGCUCUCCGGCGCGCACAGCAUCGGCCGCUCCCACUGCUCGUCCUUCAGCAGGGACCGCCUCCCGCCCAGCAACACCUCCGACAUGAACCCGGCGUUCGCCACACAGCUCAAGGCGAACUGCACGUCGCCGUCCGGCGCCGACAACACGGUGGCGCAGGACUACAGGACCCCUGACCAGCUGGACAACCAGUACUACUGGGACGUGAUCAACCACAAGGUGCUCUUCGCGUCGGACGCCGCACUCCUCAAGUCAGGCGACACCGCAGCGCUGGUGUAUGCAGCCGCCUUGUUUCAGAAGGAAUGGCAGGACAGGUUUGGAAAAGCCAUGGUGAAGAUGGGUGGAGUCGAGGUGAAGACGGCCGCCAAUGGUGAGAUCAGACAGAUGUGUGGCUACGUCAACAAGCCCUACUCCGGUUGAGGCCGGAUCGACGAUGAUCAGUUGAGCUUGAGUCCUCCCCACGUGUCUCUUAAAACCUAGCAAACAUGUCAGAGAUCGAAAACACAUAUUAUAUGCUCCUCUCUUUCUUGGUUUAUUUCAAUUCUUUCUGGAUUUCGAUCCUUUUUGUUACUUGAUUUUUUUGUUAUAAAAUUGACUGCACCACCAUUUGAAAUUCCAGCAUAUUGUAUUCAAAUAAUAUUGACAUAUGUUUUUUGUCAGCACUGUUCAGAAUGCA